AUGAGCAUAUCCAUCUUAGAAUCAUCUCCUAGUGAUGUGAAAACACGAUGGUUCCGAGCGUUUGAGACGGUUGAAAACGGCGGGGAAGAGCCUCUUAUAUUGCUAUUGAUCGAAAAUAUACAUCUAAGUAGAAAAAGUGGUGAGAUUGCCGACAAAAGAAUAAAAUGUGUUGUGGAGAAAUGCAAAGAAAAGAUUGAUGAACAACUAUGUCAAGGUGGAUCGAGCCACCCAAAUCAACUUACCAAAAAAACCGAGAUCAAUGUUGUAGUGAUGUGA